AUGACCACACCGCGAAUCUUCCUCGUCCGCCACGGCGAGACGGAGUGGUCGCUGAGCGGGAAGCACACGGGCAACACCGACAUCCCGCUGACGCCCAAUGGCGAGAAGCGAGUCCGGGCGACGGGAAAGGCCCUCGUUGGAGACGACAGGCUGAUCGUGCCGAAACAGCUCAUGCAUAUGCGCCGCUCAUCACACCGCUCGUCUCAGUCACGAAAAUCAGAGCAACACCAGUGGCUGACAGACUCCGCCAACAGCUAUGUGUCCCCGCGCAAGCGCGCCCAGCGGACGUUCGAGCUCCUCAAUCUCGGCAUCAAGGACCCGCUGCCGUGGAAAGAGCACGGCGAGCAGCCCGAGGCCUCGGACCACAAUUGCCAGGCCCGCGUCGAGGUCACGGAGGAUAUCCGGGAGUGGGACUACGGCGUCUACGAGGGCAUUACGAGCCCCGAGAUCCGUGAGCGACGCGAGAAGGAGGGGCUGAACCACGACUGGGAUAUUUGGCGUGACGGGUGUGAGGGUGGAGAGAGCCCCAAAGAGGUCACCGAGCGCGUCGACAGGCUCAUCCAGGAGAUCAAGGAUAAGUGGCAGGCGCCAGUCAUCGGAAAACCCAAAAACGAGGUGUCGAACGGGGACGUGUUGAUUGUGGCGCAUGGCCAUAUCCUCCGUGCGUUCGCCAUGCGGUGGGUUAAGAAGACCCUGCCGGACGGCCCAGCAUUCCUAUUAGAAGCUGGCGGUGUUGGGACACUGAGUUAUGAACACCACAACAUCGACGAGCCAGCUAUUCUAUUAGGCGGUGCUUUCAUAGUCAGUUGA